GCUGAGGUUCCGUCUGCCAGCAGAGAUUGGCGGCAGCCUUUUCGCUUUGAGGUGUCUUCCGGCUGCGGUGCGGCGCUCGGUGGAAAAGCGCCCCCUCUUCCCCCUGGCCUGGACCAGGGAGUCCGAACGCUGGACCGUCGGCGCCGUGGUUCCUUAGGGGGACAUGGCCCGCUGCAAAGAGGACAGCGCCCCCGAGGUGCUCCUGGGGCUCCCUGGAGUUUGCAGUAAGGGGUUGCAAAGGAAGGGGCCGUGUGAGCGGCGCCGGCUGAAGGCGAUGGUGUCGGAGCAGCUCAGCCAGGACCUGCUCAGGCUUUUAAGGGAAGAAAUUCAUGCAGAUAUUGCUUUCUCUAUAGAUUGUAUUUUAUUCAAAGUACACAAACCAGUCCUUUUAGCAAGAGUUCCUGACUUUUAUUUUCAUAUUAUUGGACAGACAUCAAAUAGAUUAACAAAUCAUGAGCCUGUUCCUGUGGAGAAUAUUGAAGCGUCAGAAUUUAGAACAUUUUUACAGAUUGUAUAUUCAUCAAACAGAAGCAUAAAAAACUAUGAAGAGGAAAUUCUUAGGAAAAUGAAAGUGGAAAAUGAGAUACCACCAAAAAAACUUGACUUCAAUUUUCAAAAGUGUAAAAAUUCAUCUGAUUGUUCUCUUGAGAAGCGUGAAAUUCCAGAGGAUGUCACUAACAGAGAUGACAGUUUAAUUUCCAAUGAUAAUUAUGAUUUGGAACCUGCAUCUGAAUUAGGAGAAGAUUUAUUGAAGCUUUAUGUGAAAUUUUGUUGUCCUGAUAUUGAUAUUUAUGUUGAUGGGAAAAAUUUUAAAGCCCACAGGGCCAUUUUAACUGCCAGAUCUAGUUAUUUUGCUGCAAUGCUGAGUGGCUGUUGGGUUGAAAGCUCCCAAGAGUAUAUUAUUCUUCAAGGUAUAAACCAUGUGGAAAUGAAUGUUAUGAUGCAUUUUAUAUAUGGAGGGACAUUGGAUUUUCCAGACAAAGCUAAUGUUGGUCAGAUACUCAGUGUGGCUGAUAUGUAUGGACUAGAAGGAUUAAAAGAAGUAGCAAUCUAUAUUUUAAGAAGAGAUUACUGUAAUUUCUUUCAGAAGCCUGUUCCCAGAACAUUGACAUCUAUACUAGAAUGCCUAAUUAUUGCUCAUUCAGUUGGAGUGGAAAGCCUUUUUGCUGACUGCAUGAAGUGGAUUAUAAAACAUUUUUCAAGGUUUUGGUCUGAAAGAAGCUUUUCAAAUGUACCCCCUGAGAUUCAGAAAAGUUGUCUUAAUAUGUUGAUUCAGUCCUUAAAUGAUAAGAAUGCUGCUUUUCUUCUGAUGGAAAGUGACAAACUGAUCAUCAGUUUACCCAGAGUAAAGUGGACAGAAACAGCGUUAGCUAUGGCAUCUCAGCUCCAAGAUGAAUGCAUUGCAUUUGUGGUAGAAAACUUCUCCAAGAUCAUUCAGAGUGAAAACUUCACUCUUCUCUUACAGUCACAAGCAAUGAGCAGCACGCCUGAUCUGUUGGACAAAAUUUUAAAAGCUAUUGAAGAAAAUAUUACCACUGAAAAUAGUUGCUAUCUUCUUAUAGCUCUGGACACAUUACUGAAUUCUGAAAGCACAAAAGAAAUGGUACUAAAUGGUUUUACGUGCAAGAUCCAGGCUCUGCGUGAUAAGCUGUGGAUCUUCCUGGUUCAGUCUUUCUAUGCUGUUCGUCACACACAAAGCUGGAAACUAAUGAGCACAGAUGAUCAACAGAAAAUUCAAGCAGCUGCAUUUGAUAAAGGUGAUGAUCGAAGACUUGGCAAAAAGCCUAUAUUCAGUAGCUCUCAGCAAAGGAGACAAGUUUCUGACUCUAGUGUUAUAAAAAACAAAUCUUGGAGGGAAAAUAACAAAAAAGAGUGUUGGAGUUAUCUCUCUACUAAUCAAAAGAUGAAAUCCGAUGGAUUAGGAACAUCUGCACGUUCAUCAAAUACCAAUAGAAAUAGUAUAAAUAAAACUUUGAAGCAUAAUGAUUUAAAGGAAAAGGAUGGUACAAAAGUGACAUCUAAGGUUACAAAAGAAUUGAAAACUGGGGAGAAAAAUAUUUCUGGAAAUCCCAACACUGUAAUAAAGCCCAAAGCAGAAAACAAUGAUAAUGCAAAGUUGGAAAGCAUGUCACCAGAAAUUGUGGAAAGAUCAGCAGCAGCAGCACCUGGACAGAAAAAUUCAUUAAAUGGAAAAGGAGUACGAAAUCAGGAAGGGCAGAUUACAGGAGCCAGACCCAAGGUACUCUCUGGAAACUUAAAUGUGCAUGCCAAAGCAAAACUGAAAAAAGGGCCAGGACCUUCCAGUAGAUCUAUAAAUUCAAGUGCGGAGGUAUUGAUUCCUCCUACAUGUCUGGAUGAACCAAAAGAAAAUGGAUCAGUAGGAGAAGAAAAGUCUUCAGCUCCAAAGCUAAACUUUUGCGAUCCUCCAGGACGUAUGGUGAAAAACAGUAUAGAAGGUGUCAAAAGUUCCACUGCAGCACUAAAAUCUCGACCUGUUUCAAGAGUUACCAAUGGAACUUCCAGUAAAAAAAACAUUCAAGAACAAGACGCUAACAUAAAUAAUAGUGCAAUAAAGAAGGUCAUUGGCAAAGGAUGUGGUGAUCCAGUACAAGCAAUUCUCAAGAAAAGAGGAAGUAGUAAUGGAUGUACUACAGUUCAGCAAAGGACAAAGAGUGCCUCAUCUAAUCUUGUUAAAACUCCAGGUUCCCAAGGAGAGUCACCAAAUUCAGUAAAAUCUUCAGUCUCUUCAAGGCAGUCUGAUGAAAAUGUGACAAAGUUGAACCACAGUACAACUACAGAUAAACAAACACCUAAGAGAAAAAUUGUCAAACAAGGGUAUACAGCUUUGCCAAAGGUUAAUGCAAAAGUGGUGUCAGUGCCUAAAAACCUAACUUUAUCAAAGAAAGGUGAAACUUUGAAUAAUAAAGAAUCAAAGCAAAAAAUUCUUCCUGGACAGACUAUAUUGAAAACUCAGUCUUCUUCUCAAAGACUUUUAAAAAGUGAAGCAUCUGUUGUCCAAAAAAGUAUGCCUCAUGAUAUACAUGAUAAUAACAAGUGCAUUGUUUCUGAACAGAAGCCUCAUAGACCUCUGAUUGAUCUCCCAUCUGAGAUCAGUGGCCCAGAAGCAUUCCAGUCUUCAUGCAGACUUGACCCACAAAUGCCAUUAAGCAACCAAGAAAAAGAGAAGUUGGUGUUAGAAUGCCAAAAUACCUCAAUGCUGGGUAAAUUAAUAAAGCACGAACUGAAAUCAAAACAGAUUUGUUCAGAUAAAAGUGAAACAAAAUUUCUCAAUCAAAAAGGUACAAAUCACUGCAAUACAGUUAAAAUAUAUUCUCAUUCUGGUGGGAGUGAUAAUGUAGAUUCAAAAUUUGAUUGCACAGUUGUUCUAAAAUCUAUGAUUUCAAGUCAAGAUGAAAACUCCUUAAACUCUAAUCCAGUUUGGAAUGUAAACUCAAUAAAUGCAGAGCAAAUCCAUUUCAUAUCAGAUAGAGAGAACCAAGUAGGGAAAGAGGAUACAAACAAGCAAUUAAGCAUGAAAUGUGUGAAAGAUGUUUUGUCUUCUGUUCCUGAAAGGACAAAUGGUACCUUAGAUUCUGUUCAAGAUGACAGAAAAUCUAAAAUUAAUGUUGAAGAAACAACAAUUUCUAGUCAGAUGUGCAGUGACUUUGCCAUGAAGGAAGAUAAACAUGAUAAAUCAGACUUAGAUGCUUCCUCCAAAUUUUUUUUGGUACAACCAUCAGAAAAAAAUUUUCCUAAAAAUAUGGAAAUAUCAGAAACUCUGGAGAGCCAUGAAACUCCAGAUGGUCCAUUCAUGGGUCAUUGGAAUUUGAGUACCAGUGUUAUACACCAGAGAGAGAGUCCUGAAUCUGACACUGGCAGUGCUACCACAUCCUCUGAUGACAUAAAGCCCAGAUCUGAAGACUAUGAUGCUGGAGGAUCACAAGAUGAUGAUGGGUCAAAUGACAGAGGCAUUUCUAAAUGUGGCACUAUGCUGUGCCGUGAUUUUCUUGGAAGAAGUAGCAGUGAUACCAGUACUCCUGAAGAGUUAAAAAUAUAUGAUAGUAACUUAAGAAUUGAAGUAAAAAUGAAAAAGCAAAGUAGUAAUGAUCUUUUCCAAGUUAACUCAACAAGUGAUGAUGAGAUUCCUAGGAAAAGGCCAGAAAUUUGGUCUCGGUCUACAAUAGUUCACCUGAGAGAAAAAGAAAAUAAUCCUCGAGGCAGUGUCCAGUUUGCUCAGGAAAUAGAUCAGGUUUCUUCUUCAGCAGAUGAAACAGAAGAUGAAAGAUCUGAAGCAGAAAAUGUUGCAGAAAUUUUUUCUGUUUCUAACCCAGCUCCCCAGCAGUUUCAGGGAAUAAUUAACUUAGCUUUUGAAGAUGGAGCUGAAAGCGAAAGUCGUGAGUUUUCUGCAACAAAAAAGUUUAAAAGGUCUGUUUUGCUCUCAGUAGAUGAAUGUGAAGAACUGGGGUCUGAUGAAGGGGAAGUCCAUACUCCCUUUCAGCCUUCUAGAGAUUCUUUUUCACCUUCUGAUGUUUUUGAUGGUGUUUCUCAUGAACAUCGUGGAGGGCUCUGCUAUUCUAGAUUCUCACAAGAAAGUGAAGAUAGUAUUUUACAGUGUAAACAAGAUAAAGUAAAUAGUGCAUAUAAAAAUGAAAGCACUCUCUUGGGUCUUAGUAGCACUGACUUUUCAAGAAAAGAUAAACAGAGUGUUUCAGCCACAUACCAAAAGAACACAUUAGAUGCCCUGUCCAAAGGAGGCAGACAGUUUUUUCCAGAAAAUAAAGUAAACAGUGGAUGUGAUAUAGAUAAUGAUUUUCAGCAACGUAGCAAAUUCUUGGAUAGUGAUACGAAAUCUCAAGAAAGACCGUGCCAUUUGGAGCUUCAUCAAAGAGAACCAAAUUCUGACAUACCAAAGAUGAGUUCUACAAAAUCUCUAGACUCUUUUCGGAGUCAGGUUUUGCCUCAGGAAGGUCAAGUGAAAGAGAGCCAUUCUGCAACAACAGCUAAUAUUGCUUUAUCUGCAGGAGACAUAGAUGAUUGUGACACACUGGCACAAACCCGCAUAUUUGACCACCGGCCUUCAAAAACCCUCUCUCCAAUAUAUGAGAUGGAUGUAAUAGAAGCAUUUGAGCAGAAAAUGGAAUCAGAAACACAUGUUACAGAUACGGAUUUUGAAGAUAAUCAGCACUUUGCGAAACAAGAUUGGACACUACUAAAGCAACUGCUCUCUGAACAGGAUUCAAACUUAAAUAUUACAAAUUCUCUUCCUGAAGACCUAAAUUUAGCACAGUAUUUAAUCAAUCAGACACUACGUUUAGCACGAGACAGCUCAAAACCUCAGGGUAUAGCACAUGUUGACACUUUGAACAGGUGGAGUGAACUAACAUCUCCACUUGAUAAUUCCUCAGCAAGUAUCACCAUGGCUAGUUUUUCCUCUGAAGAUUGUUCACCUCAAGGGGAAUGGACAAUUCUGGAACUGGAAACUCAGCAUUAAAAAUCUUAACAUUCUGGAAAAUUUUAAGCUAUGUCACCCCUUUAUUCUUCAUGCCUGUAUCAUAUCCAAGUUAUAAUUGCAUUAGCCAGAUAUAGACUGUCCUUAAUAUUGACAGUCUUUCCAGUUUAUUGAGGAAAACAUAGUUUAUUUAUUAAUUCAAUAUGACAUGUAGGAAAAAGUGUUUCUAAAGUUCUGAGCAUGUUUUCUAUAAUUAUUAGAGAAAUUAGAAGACUUGUAAGGAAACCCUUGAUUCAUUUUCCUUUCUACCUAGUCAUUUAUUAACUUGUUUAUUAUUCAAGAAUUUAAAAUGUGAAUGCGCAAAUAGAUCAAUCCUCUUAAUUUUGGUUCUGCAUAUGGUACCACAACAAUUUAACAAUAAAAACUUACUAUGCUUGUGUC